GGAGAGCCAGAUAACGAUUGGAUAAUAAUGUUAAGACGCCGAAAUCGCGAGUAGAGAGCAGUGUGCCUAUUGGUCAGGACUGAUGGGACAGCAGAUUCACGGACAAUGAUAGGACAGCUACGGGCAUUGGAGAUGCAUUACUUCCACGACCUCGUAUAAAAAAGUGAAAUAACAGUGAUUUAUUCUACUUUAUCUCUUCAUUAUCAAGCUUUGUCAUUCCUCAUAUUCGAUGUGGUGGAACUGACAGCAUGCAGCCGAGGGACAGGCCAUUGUAAAUAGCAACAGUGCGCUCAGGACAGGAAGAGGUUCAAGAGAAUGAGGACCAAAACAAUCUGAAGAAUAAAAUCAACAGUCAUGGCUGCAGAGAAUAACUUCCCUCCAAUACCGGGGUUCAUCCCCCUGCAGCCGUGUUUCUACCAGGACUUUGAUGAGGAGAUCCCUGAACAGCAUCGCACCAUGUGCAAGAGACUCUACCACCUGUGGAUCUUGUAUGCAAUCACCCUGGCUGUGAAUCUGGCGGGCUGCUUUGUGUGGAUGCUGGGUGGAGGGGGUGUGACAAAUUUUGGCAUGGCCAUCAUAUGGUUGAUACUCUUCACCCCCUGCUCCUAUGCAUGCUGGUUCAGGCCCAUCUACAAGGCCUUCAAGACUGACAGCUCGUUCAACUUCAUGGCGUUCUUCUUUGUGUUCAUGGCCCAGGUGGGCAUCAGUAUUAUCCAGUGCAUAGGGAUCCCAGGCUGGGGAAACUGCGGCUGGCUGGCCACCAUCUCUUUUUUCAGCUACAACCUUUGGAUCGCCUUGCUGAUGCUCAUCCCCACCCUCUUUUUCACUGCCACGGCAACGCUGUCAUUCAUCGCCCUCACCAAGGUCCAUAACUUCUACCGUGGCAGCGGGGGCAGCAUAGGCAAGGCUCAGGAGGAGUGGACCACAGGGGCCUGGAAGAACCCCCACAUCCAGCAGGCAGCGCAGCAGGCAGCUAUGGGAGCCGCCACGGGGGCCAUGAUGCCGGAUCAGCAGUACUCCAGCAACACCCCACAGUACAAUGACAACCAGAUGUAGGGGAUAAAGUGGAGGGAAGCAUGUCAAAGCAGGAGCAGGAGUUUGGUAUCUGUUUAUCCCAUCCCCCAAAAAGUGUGUCUUUAUCACAACAGCUCUUUCUAUAGGGCAGGGGUCUUCAACCUUUCUUGCCCAGGGACCCUCUCCCAGGCACACCGGCAACUCAGGGACCCUCUCCCAGGCACACAGGCAACCCAGGGACCCCCAUCAUACGUUAGGGAUUUUUCUUCUUCUCACAUGUCUUGUCUUAGCAUCAAGUGAAUGAUAAUGUCAAGGAGAAGUAAUCAACAUUUCAAAAAUGAAUAGGACUUGGUAGAUUGUUUUUCAUUAUUGUAAUUGGGGAAGGAAGUCUAACAUAGCCUAUUAGCUUGAAAGGUAACUCCAAAUACACUAAGAGCUGCUGUUUAGCUGGUUACACAAAGGUUAGCCAUAUGUUUGUAAAAAUGCAUGUCUAAGCCAAGAAAGCUUACCAGCAGCCAGCGACACUUGACGCACUGGUAGCCGAUAUCAGAUACUCCGGUGAGUGUAAUUGGCUCCAAUAAGUGUAAUUUGCUUAAUAUUAGGAGUUAAGAAAUAAUAUCGACAUCAUUAGAAGGAAGGUAUUCUCCUCUUUUCAGCUGUAAUCAUUUAUUAUAUUGUUGCUAGCGACAUACCCCUUCUAUAGGGCACUACACUACACUUCCACACGAUACCAGCUGACUCUGAACACCCAUAACGUAAAGACAUUUCAUGUUCUCAGCAUCUACACUGAACUACAGUAUCCGGUUUCGACUGUGUGAUGUCAUAUUUCUGCUUCCACUGCUUUGUCUUGGUGCGUCACAUCAAAGACGUGUCCCUAUCUUAUGUCACUGUGUUAGUAGGGCCCUGUGGCCACAUGCACACAGCACCAACUCUGCUCGUCAGAGCUCAUUCUGAUCACCCACUAUCCUCUCCUCUAUGAUCUUCGGUUUUGGUUUUUGGUAGCCUCCUCCUGCUCAUGACUUGUAAAGUCAUGCUCAUGAUAUAGUAUCUCAAUUAUAUAUUUGCUUGUUUUUUUCAUAGUAAGUUGCUGGACUCUAGGUUUUGCCGUGAAUAAAUGUAGCCACUGGCUGUAGGAAGAGAGCCAUGUAAGACUGUGUUUGAGUGCAAUACUAUUCACUUUUAAAUGUUUAUUUUUUUAUUUUUUUAAAUCUACUGAUUUCAAAGCGGAUAAAAGCGGUUUAUUACAGAAUGUAGCACUGGGAUAACUUUAAUAUUUUACCAGGAGUGUUUAUGUACAGUAGGAGAUGGCGUAUUUGGUAAUAAAUAUGUAUUUUAAGAAUGUAUUACUUUGUAUACUAGUGAAUGCCAGCUGAUUGAACAAAACGGACUCUCCUCUGAGCCAUCAGGGUAUUAUUUUCAGGUAAAGCAGAGCUAUAAACACUGGGCACAAACUGUGAACCUUUGCCCUUCACGUCCAUGUGUAUGUUUUUGAUAGCUUAUAUAAUAUGUAUUUAAAAGGAACCCAUAAUCCUGUUUUUGAUUUAAUACUGAGGAGGUAGCGAGAUUUGGAAGUCCACUUCCUUCGAGUUUAACCUGGACGUUGGUGUUGAUGUCCCUGGGGCUCACUGUGUACGUUCAUCGGGCUCGCUCAGAGGCUGUUUUAAAGAGACUCAAUGGAGAGAUAACUGUGUGCUACCAGCUCCUAGGCCUGAGCUGAAAGAUUACAGGCCAGUCGCAUUUAUCCACAGUCAUGGAAAUGGGACUUUCUUCUAACUUUCUUCUGAAAGUCUGAGAAGUAAUGAAUGAAGUAAUGAAUGCGUACCAAAACACAGAACUCUUUUUAGGGGACUAUUGUACAAAAUGUCUUUAGAACAAGGCUCUCCAAGCCUGUUCCUGGAGAGCGCUACCGCCCUGUAGGUUUUCGCUCCAAUCCUAAUCUAGCACACCUGAUUCUAAUAAUUAGCUGGUUUAUCAUCUGAAUCAAUUAAAUUGCAACUGGGGUUGGAAGGAAAACCUACAUGAGGGUAUCUCCAGGAUCAGGGUUGGAGAGCCCUGCUUUAGAUAAACAUGUAAUGUCUAAUGUAAAUUAAUCAAUGUGAGCUAUAAAUUAAUUGCUAGGAUUUCUCGUUGUGUUUUGUGUUGAAUCUCAACAUGUCUUAGAGGGUGUUCUUUUUUUAAACGUGUGUAGUUAACGUCUUGUCUAGGGUUGACAAUGUUAGACAGCAGCUUUGCAUUGUAUGUCUUGUUGUACCAUUGUUUGACCACAUAGGGGCGCCGAUGGGUCCUUUUAUUUGUAUGAGAGAAAAUCCCUGAUAUCCAAGCUGCCUGCACUCAGAUGUCUGUCUAUCCAUACGGUAGACUUUAGGUCUAUAGCUCAGUCAGUAUUCAGUCAACAGCUCAAUGGUUCCUCCUGUUCCCAGGUAAUAGCUACAUGUGACCAGGAAGGAAGGGAAGAGAUAGAGCCUUACAUCUAAGUGGGCUCCAGUCAGCCGCAGCCUGGCUCAUACUGCCCUCCUGCCACCUCUCUCUCUCUCAGGGGCAGAUGGCUGAGCAGGCGGUCCCCGUGAACACAUUACAGUGUGCUCUAAGCUGUAGGGGAAGAGUGAGACAUUUAUGGCACGAUUAUGGGUGGCACUUUCUCUGUGGUAGUAGGGGUUUGAAAAUGACCUAAAUGCGCUCCUAUUGAGGGAAGAAGAGAGAGAGAGCAGUAGAAAAACAGUGUUUCCCAGGUGUUCAUUAGUUCAUGUUCUAGCUAGAUCACUAACCUGGCCUAAUCUAUAUAUACCAAGGCCCCUUAACCCCUCAAGUAGCUGUAUUCAACAUUAUUACAGUAUGCAAAUUAUUUUAGAGAAAUCCCCCAAACCUAUACUUCCUUUCUCUCCUACAUCUAAAAGGAAUUAGCUAUGUACUCAGUACUAUGUACUUUGGUGUAAGCUAUGCAGAUAACCCUUGACUAUGGAAGGGUUGUGUUUGUAAGUACAGUUGUUUGGGCUUAGAUUAGCCUGUGACUGAUGUAAAGGUGUCUAGAGCAAUGUUAGCUUAAACUGUGAUAUAAUCAGUAUUCAAUAAGCUCCGUCUAUGCAGUAAUCAAGCAGAGGCAUUGACCAAAGUUUUCCCCUGGUACACGUUCAUGUGCAACCACCACAGCUCACACAGUACCAGCAGACGCUGUUGCUUCUUUGUCAUGUCCAUGUCAUUAAAUGUGUGGGAGAUCAUUGAACCAGUGGGAUAUUCCCCUUAUGCUUAUGCUGAUAAUGUGAGAUGGCGUGGUCAUCUUGGAGAGACAACUGGACAGCACAGUUAGAAGAGGACUUUUAUUCUAAAGUGUAAUUGUUACGUACAUUUAAAAAUGUUGUCUUGUCGUUUUACGUUUUGAUUUCCCUUACGGACAUUAAACAAACUCUAUUCCAUUUUAUGCCUUGAAUAUAUACAGUGGGGUAAAAAAGUAUUUAGUCAGACACCAAUUGUGAAAGUUCUCCCACUUAAAAAGAUGA